AUGGCUUUGAAGCUGGACCUUAGUAAAGCUUAUGAUCGAGUAGACUGGCAUUUCUUGAGGGCCAUGAUGUCUCGGAUGGGUUUUAGUGACAAAUGGAUUCGCUUAAUAUAUGGGUGUCUAUCUUCGGUUACGUAUCAUAUUGUGAGUAGUGGGCAUACCGUGGGGCCAAUCAUUCCUAGUAGGGGGCUUCGUCAAGGUGACCCUAUAUCGCCUUAUCUUUUUCUCAUUUGUGCGGAGGGACUGUCAGCUCUUAUUCAACGUUAUGAGGAAAGGAAGCUCAUACAUGGGUAUAAAGUGGCCAAUGGCGCUCCUAUUGUAUCUCAUAUGCUUUUUGCAGACGAUAGCUUUCUAUACUACAGAGCCACAGAGAGAGAAGUUGCUAAUAUCCAACAUAUGCUCGAAGUCUUUGCUAAUGCUUCUGGGCAAGGAGUUAACUUUGAAAAUCCUCUGUUUUUUCACUCUAUUGGAAGAAACAAGACUGCUGCGUUUAGUUAUGUGGUGGACAAGGUGCAAAAGAGGAUUCAGACUUGGGAUACUAAGUUUCUUUCUAGAGCCGGCAAGGAAAUUCUCAUUAAAGCGGUGAAAAGUGCUAUGUGUGGAUUUUGGUGGAAGUCUAAUAAUUCCAAGGGGAUUCAUUGGUUGAGCUGGGAUAAACUUGCUGCUCAUAAGUUUGAUGGAGCCAAACAAGGAUGGAUGUUACUGGUGUGUGGGGAUAAUUUAGCUUCUAAAAUAUUUAAAGCUAGAUAUUUUCCCAAUGGUACUUUUCUCACUGCUACUCUUGGAAGCAAUCCAAGUUACAUAUGGCGUAGUGUUUUGGAAUCUCAAACUUUGGUGCGAGCGGGAGCGAGACGGCUAGUUGGGGAUGGUUCUCGUAUUGGUAUUCUUCAUGAACCUUGGCUUAUGGAUGAUUCUAACCCUUUUAUUGAAACUUCUAAUCCGAGCCUUCAUGGGAGAAUGGUUAACUCGUUGAUGAAAGUCGACAAGUUAGAGUGGGAUAGUGAGGUUAUUUCUAAUGUUUUAAAUGACAGAGAUAAAGAGCUGGUGUGGCGUAUUCCUCUUUCUGCAGCAAGAUUAAGAGAUGAUUGGUAUUGGUUGAAAGAUAGUAAAGGAAUGUUUACUGUGAAGAGUGCUUAUAGAAUAUAA